AUGCAUCAACCGCCUGGUUUCGUUGAUCAAACAAAGCCGAACCAUGUUUGCUUGUUACGCAAGUCUCUCUACGGACUCAAGCAGGCUCCGCGUGCCUGGUACCACCGGUUCUCUACAUAUGCUAAGAAGAUUUGUUUCACGCAAAGAAAAUGUGAUCAGUCACUCUUCGUCUACUCUCACAAUAAUGAAUUGGCUUAUCUCUUGCUAUAUGUUGAUGACAUUAUUCUUAAGGCUUCCUCCACUCGUCUCCUUCACUCCAUAAUCACUUCUCUCAGCCAUGAAUUUGAGAUGACAGAUCUUGGGCAGCUUCACUUCUUUCUUGGGAUUGCCGUUACACGAAAUAGCUCCGGCUUGUUCUUGCAUCAACGGCAAUAUGCGACUGAGAUACUCGCUCGUGCCUCCAUGUCCAACUGCACCUCCUGUCUAACUCCUGUCGAUACUAAUCCUAAGCUACCUACGGAUGCUGGUCCUCCAGUUUCUGACCCCACCUUAUAUCGUAGCCUCGCGGGUGCUCUCCAGUACCUCACUUUCACUCGGCCUGACAUCGCUUAUGCCGUUCAACAAGUGUGUCUCCACAUGCACGAUCCUCGCAAAGCAUAUUUCAAUGCCUUGAAGCGCAUCUUACGGUACCUCAAGGGCACCCUGACUCAUGGCCUCCAACUAUAUCGCUCCUCUGUUAAUCGUCUUGUUGCAUACUCUGACACCGAUUGGGCUGACUGCUCUGACACUCGCCGGUCCACAUCCGGUUACUGUGUGUUUCUUGGCGACAACUUGAUAUCAUGGUCGGCUAAACGCCAACAAACUGCUUCCCGGUCUAGUGCGGAGGCCGAAUAUCGCGGUGUCGCCAAUGUUGUUGUCGAGACGUCUUGGCUACGCAACCUUCUCCUUGAGCUCCAUCAACGCACCAAACAUAUUGAAAUUGACAUUCACUUCGUUAGGGAACAUGUUGCUCUUGGACAGGUUCGUGUUCUUCAUGUCCCAUCUGCCUAUCAAUAUGCCGAUAUCUUCACAAAGGGGUUACCGUCACCGUUGUUCCUCGACUUUCGCUCCAGUCUGAGUGUCCGUCUUCCUCCCGCUCUGACUGCGGGGGAGUGUUAG